CUGCCCCACGCCCGCCCGCAGCGGAGGAGCCGAGGCCGCCGCGGCCGUGGCGGCGGAGCCCCCAGCCAUGGCCUCGGGCGACACCCUCUACAUCGCCACGGACGGCUCGGAGAUGCCGGCCGAGAUCGUGGAGCUGCACGAGAUCGAGGUGGAGACCAUCCCGGUGGAGACCAUCGAGACCACGGUGGUGGGCGAGGAGGAGGAGGACGACGACGACGACGAGGACGGCGGCGGCGGCGGCGGCGACCACGGCGGCGGGGGCGGCCACGGCCACGCCGGCCACCACCACCACCACCACCACCACCACCACCACCCGCCCAUGAUCGCGCUGCAGCCGCUCGUCACCGACGACCCGACCCAGGUGCACCACCACCAGGAGGUGAUCCUGGUGCAGACGCGCGAGGAGGUGGUGGGCGGCGACGACUCGGACGGGCUGCGCGCCGAGGACGGCUUCGAGGACCAGAUCCUGAUCCCGGUGCCCGCGCCGGCCGGCGGCGACGACGACUACAUCGAGCAGACGCUGGUCACCGUGGCGGCGGCCGGCAAGAGCGGCGGCGGCGGCUCGUCGUCGUCGGGCGGCGGCCGCGUCAAGAAGGGCGGCGGCAAGAAGAGCGGCAAGAAGGGUUACCUGGGCGGCGGGGCCGGCGCGGCGGGCGGCGGCGGCGGCGGCGCCGACCCGGGCAACAAGAAAUGGGAGCAGAAGCAGGUGCAGAUCAAGACCCUGGAGGGCGAGUUCUCGGUCACCAUGUGGUCCUCAGAUGAAAAAAAAGAUAUUGACCACGAGACGGUGGUUGAAGAACAGAUCAUCGGAGAGAACUCACCUCCUGACUACUCAGAGUACAUGACGGGGAAGAAGCUUCCUCCGGGAGGGAUCCCCGGCAUUGACCUCUCAGACCCUAAACAACUGGCUGAGUUCGCUAGAAUGAAGCCAAGAAAAAUUAAAGAAGAUGAUGCUCCAAGAACAAUAGCUUGCCCUCAUAAAGGCUGCACAAAGAUGUUCAGGGAUAACUCUGCCAUGAGAAAGCAUCUGCACACCCACGGCCCCCGAGUCCACGUCUGUGCAGAGUGUGGCAAAGCUUUCGUGGAGAGCUCCAAACUAAAACGACACCAACUGGUUCAUACUGGAGAGAAGCCCUUUCAGUGCACAUUCGAAGGCUGCGGGAAACGCUUUUCACUGGACUUCAAUUUGCGUACACACGUGCGCAUCCACACCGGAGACAGGCCCUAUGUGUGCCCUUUCGACGGUUGUAAUAAGAAGUUUGCUCAGUCAACUAACCUGAAAUCUCACAUCCUAACACAUGCCAAGGCCAAAAACAACCAGUGAGAAGAGAGGAGCCCCCUGGGCCUCAGGAAGCUUCUUCCAGGAGUAUGGUUGGGAAUAAACACGCCUCUCCUUUGUAUAUUGUUUCUAGGAAGAAUUUUAAAAAUGAAUCCUACACACCUAAGGGACAUGUUUUGAUAAAGUAGUAAAAAAUUCAGAAAAACUUUAAAAAGAUGACAUUGCUAAGAUGCUCUAUCUUGCUCUGUAAUCUCGUUUCAAAAACACGGUGUUUUUGUAAAGUGUGGUCCCAACAGGAGGACAACUCAUGAACUUCGCAUCAAAAGACAAUUCUUUAUACAACAGUGCUAAAAACGGGACUUCUUUUCACAUUCUUAUAAAUAUGAAGCUCACCUGUUGCUUACAAUUUUUUUAAUUUUGUAUUUUCCAAGUGUGCAUAUUGUACACUUUUUGGGGAUAUGCUUAGUAAUGCUAUGUGUGAUUUUUCUGGAGGUUGAUAACUUUGCUUGCAGUAGAUUUUCUUUAAAAGAAUGGGCAGUUACAUGCAUACUUCAAAAGUAUUUUCCUGUAAAAAAAAAAAGUUAUAUAGGUUUUGUUUGCUAUCUUAAUUUUGGUUGUAUUCUUUGAUGUUAACACAUUUUGUAUAAUUGUAUCGUAUAGCUGUAUUGAAUCAUGUAGUAUCAAAUAUUAGAUGUGAUUUAAUAGUGUUAAUCAAUUUAAACCCAUUUUAGUCACUUUUUUUUUUCCCAAAAAAUACUGCCAGAUGCUGAUGUUCAGUGUAAUUUCUUUGCCUGUUCAGUUACAGAAAGUGGUGCUCAGUUGUAGAAUGUAUUGUACCUUUUAACACCUGAUGUGUACAUCCAUGUAACAGAAAGGGCAACAAUAAAAUAGCAAUCCUAAAGAAAGAACAUGGCAGAAAAAGAUCUGUAAGCACAGUCUUAUUUUCUUUUGUUGUCCAGGAUACUUAAAACUCUUGAGCCUCCCAGAAAUUGGAAGCUAAAUAAAGCAACUCAAGUUUCCUUUA